AUCAUGUUUCCCAUUUUCCAUUUCGUCACUGCAAAUUAUGAGUGACUUGUCAUUUUUCCACAAAGGAGAGAAUCCCUUUAAACUCUGAUGGGGUCUCCUCGAUUGCAGUAGAUCAAGUUCAAACUCAUAACAAAUUUUUCACCAAACAAAAGCCAUUGUCAAAUACGCUCUCUCAAGCCUCAAGUUCAAGUUCAAGCCUUGUGGGGAAAAGAAAUGGUGAAGAUAUCCAGGAAUGGUGUUGAGGAGAAAAAGCCUAGCUUCUUCAAGGUUAUUCUACCUGGCUACAGCACUGAGCAUUUGAGAUUCCCACCUAGAUUCCUCCGGAAGCACAUUGUGAACAAACUUUCUAAAAGGGCGACAUUAAAGUUGAAGCGAUCCCCAGAGUGGUCAUGGAAGGUUGAAGUGAGAAAAUCGGGAGGAGAUGUGUAUUUGAAAGAUGGAUGGCAGGAGUUUCUGAGAGAUGCCUGCUUGGGUGACAAAGAGUUUUUAGUGUUCAUAUACAAUGGAAAAAUGCGUUUCAGCAUAAAGGUUUACGACAAGAAUGGGUGUGAGAGAAUGGAUUUCCCUGACAUCAACACACACCAACACACAACCUCAUCUAGGAGUACUAAAAGGCCUGUUAGGAGACCAAGAAAAUCGAGCACAGGCAAUUCAGCUGAUAAGCUCAAAGAGGUUAAAGAAGAGGAAGUAGAUUGCAAUAACACUACAGACAAAUGCGCUUCUAAGAGUACUGAAACGCUUCGUGGUAGACCAACAAAAACUACUGAGGAGUAUACCAAGAGGCGUCUUGGUAGACCAACAAAACCUACCUCUAAGAGUACUAAGAGGCCUCCUGUUAGAGCAACAAAAAAAACUACUGAGAGUACCAAGAGGCCUCCUGUUACACCAGCAAAAACUACUUUUGAGAGUACUAAGAGGCCUCGUGGUAGACCAAGAAAAUAUCCUGUCACGUGUAAAGACUCGGCUGCAGGUAAGCACAUUCCAAAUUCUGAAUUUGAUGUACUCAGAGAGGUCAAAGAAGAGGAAGAAGAUUACCAAGAAUCUGGUGAACUGUUCAAAUCCAAAUUGCAAUACUUUACAUGCAAAAUCAACAGGCUAAGUCAAGUGUACAUGCCCAAACCGUUCUAUGGGGAAAAUCUUUCUUCAGGAAACUAUGAAGUUAUUUACCUGAAAAAUUCUGAGGGAACAAAAUGGUACAAAGUGAAGCUUUCCCGUUACCAUAACACGGUCUUCAUGACUAAAGGGUGGGGUGCUUUUGCAGUUGCUAACCAAGUCAAGGUGGGCAGUCUGUGCCAAUUUCAGUUCCUAAAGGAAAACAGAAUUGUUGUUCACAUAUUGAACAAUUGAAGCUAUCGAGCAACCGUAACAUCAGUUUGAGGUAAUUUGUGAUCUUUAAGGUCUUGUAGCCCGAGAAAUAUGGUACUCGCACUUAUGGUAAGUUUCCAUUUUGUAUUGUAUCGUAUCACGUCUGUCAUCUGUAUGCAUGUAUUUAGUGUUAUGUGGGAUCAUGAAGCUCUUCCAAUUCCUACAAGAUUAUGCUACCCUCUGUUGUGAGUGUUACGUUUGUAUAAUAGAUAAAAAUGAGUCAAUUCUCUA